AUGUCCAAGUUCGCACUCGCCCUCGUCGCUCUUGCCGUCCCCGCAUUUUGCGGUCUCGUCAGCACCGAUACGGACAUGCAGGACCCGUCGUGGAACCCUGCUUGGACGUGGCCCGGGAGCGGCAAGGAAUGUCCCAAGGACGUGUCGAAGGACUGUCCUUGCUUGACGGAUUCUGUAUGUGGAUUCGAGUGCCCCAAGCAGUGGCCCGACACGGACUGUAUCUGGAAAGCCGUAUUUGAGAAUAAGAACGAUUGGAGUGGAUGGAAGACGGGCAAGUACACACCCAUCACCACCGGAUAUGUCUCCAAGGACACCUUUGAGCUCGACUGCAAGACCCUUUGUGAAUCUCACGACAAAUGCAACUCUUGUCAGGCCUUUUCGCUCGAGGAAGAAGCAGAGCAAUUCAUCUGUGCGCUCUUUGCGGAGAUCAUCGACGGCUCGUCCUGGGAGGAUGAUUGUGAUGAGGAUGACAUUGAGAGCAAGUACUAUAACACUUCUUGCUGGAGCUCCAAGUCGUAG